ACUCCGGCGGCGGGACAAUGGCCCUGUUGGCGCGUCGGGGACAAACGCGCCUUGUUGGGACGGCGGCGGGGGCGCGGCGAUGCGCCCCGGCGCGCUGAAUGCGGCUUCUGUGCGUCCUGGGCGGGCGCCUAGGGGCCGGGAGGAGGCCGGGGCCCGAGGCGCCCAUUGGCCGCGGCGCCGGGGGCCGGGCCAGGCUGGCGGCCGCACCUGGUCCGAGCGGGUGCGGCGGCGGCAGCGGCGGCGGCGGGGGCGGAGGCAUGGUCCAGGCCCGGCGGGUACGUCCCGCCGCCUAGUAGGCGCCCGGGCGGCGCGGCCCGGGCCGAGCCAGCACGCUAAGCCCGAGAAGGACGGGGACAAGGAAGAGGAAGAAAGAGAUCUGGGUUCUAGUCCUGUCUCUGAUGCUGCUGCGCCGUGUGACCUUGAAGGUGGCCCUGCCCUCUCUGAGCCUCAGCCUCCCAGCUGUGCCAUCUUCCAGAUGUGGCCUUGGACCUGGGACCGUCAGCUGCCUGUGUCUGAGAUGCCGCUGCCGCAGAAGAAGCGCUGGGAGUCCAUGGCCAAGGGGCUGGUGCUGGGAGCGCUCUUCACCAGCUUCCUACUGCUGCUCUAUUCCUACGCCGUGCCCCCGCUGCACACUGGCCUGGCCUCCGCCAGGACCCCGGAGGGCACAGCGCCCUGCUCCCCCGCCCCAGGUGAGCCAGAGACGGUGACGCCGGCCAAUGGCUCGGCGGCAGGGUGCCAGCCGCGGCGCGACAUCGUGUUCAUGAAGACGCACAAGACGGCCAGCAGCACCCUGCUCAACAUCCUCUUCCGCUUCGGCCAGAAGCACGGGCUCAAGUUCGCCUUCCCCAACGGCCGCAACGACUUCGACUACCCCGCCUUCUUCGCGCGCAGCCUGGUGCAGGACUACCGGCCCGGCGCCUGCUUCAACAUCAUUUGCAACCACAUGCGCUUCCACUACGAGGAGGUGCGGGGCCUGGUGCCGCCCAACGCCACCUUCAUCACCGUGCUCCGCGACCCCGCCCGCCUCUUCGAGUCCUCCUUCCACUACUUCGGGUCGGUGGUGCCCUUCACCUGGAAGCUCUCGAGCCAAGACAAGCUGGCCGAGUUCCUGCAGGACCCCGAUCGCUACUAUGACCCCAACGGCUACAACGCCCACUACCUCCGCAACCUGCUCUUUUUCGACCUGGGCUACGACAGCGGCCUGGACCCGGGCAGCCCGCAGGUGCAGGAGCACAUCCUGGAGGUGGAGCGCCGCUUCCACCUGGUGCUCCUGCAGGAGUACUUCGACGAGUCGCUGGUGCUGCUCAAGGACCUGCUGUGCUGGGAGCUGGAGGACGUGCUCUACUUCAAGCUCAACGCCCGCCGCGACCCCGCGGGGCCGCGCCUCUCGGGCGAGCUGUACCGGCGCGCCACCGCCUGGAACGUGCUGGACGCCCGCCUCUACCGCCACUUCAACGCCAGCUUCUGGCGCAAGGUGGAGGCGUUCGGGCGCGAGCGCAUGGCCCGCGAGGUGGCCGCCCUGCGGCGCGCCAACGAACGCAUGCGGCGCAUCUGCAUCGACGGGGGCCGCGCCGUGGACGCCGCCGCCAUCCAGGACUCGGCCAUGCAGCCCUGGCAGCCGCUGGGCGCCAAGUCCAUCCUGGGCUACAACCUCAAGAAGAGCAUCGGGCGGCGGCACGCGCAGCUCUGUCGCCGCAUGCUCACGCCCGAGAUCCAGUACUUGAUGGACCUCGGCGUCAACCUGUGGGUCACCAAGCUCUGGAAGUUCAUCCGGGACUUUCUGCAGUGGUGACAUCCCGCCCGCCCGGCGGGCCCCCUGCCUGCUUGCUCGCCCGCCGAGGAGGGGCCAGGCAGGGGCCUGCUGGCCUCCCCCGAGCCCCUCCUGGUGCCACCCUGGCCCCCCCCAGGGUGAGGUGGGGCUGCUGCAGGGACGGGCAGGCCAGGACUGGGCCCACAGCACACAGGGCCUGAGAUCAGUAUUUGACUAAUUAUAGCUUUUUUUUAUUAAAUCCCCUCCCCUCCAAAAAAGAAUGUUCUAUUUCCUGCCUCCCCUUAAAGGGGAGACUUCGGAAGUAAAGGAAUUUGAUGUUGUUUUUUUGUUAA